AUGUCCAAUACUUUUCCUGCUUUUGAUUUGUGUCUAAUCCGGCUCUUUCUCCUUGAAGGCAUCUAUCCAUCCUGA